UCUCUGUGAGACUGAGAGUGUGUUUAGUAAAUGGGUCCAUCUCAUUGAACCCCAGUUGCAGAAGCCUGCUUUUGGACUUUUUGACACUCUCUUUCUUCCUUUUUAAGGGGCUAUCUGAGAUUGAAGAGUGUUUGCAUAAAUUCAAAAGACUCCCCCGUUUGUGCUUUUGGCUUGUAUUUUUGUGGGCAGUAGGAAAAAAGAUUCAUCCUUAAUGGCAUAGAGGCUCUCAAUCUUUUGUUUCUUGGGGUUUGGGUUUUUUCAGGAAAUCCCACUUCUCUCUCCAUGCAAAGAUUGCAUUUUUAAAAGGAAAGAACAACCCCACUUUUUGUAUCUUCCUUUUUUUCAUCUCGUGGUGCUUGGGAAGUGGUGGAGGGGUGUGAAAUUCUCUGCUCAGGUACAAUUCGUGUUCGCUUUUUUUACCACUUUUCUGUUAACAAAGGAAAAAAGAGCUUCCCCGCCUGUGGUCUCAGAUUUUUGCUUUUUUUUUCCCUACGGAGGAAGGGAGGGGAGGCCAAUAAUUUCAUGUGAAGUAGUGAAAAAUUUGCAUUGCUGUGACUUGUUCUAGAUUCCAUGAAGGAAGCACCCAUUUAAUGUCCAUCAGUAAAGUACAAAACUUUUUUGCCUCAGGGGCGACAUGCAUCCUCAACUUCAUUCUCUGCUCUUUUGGUCAUGGAGAUAGCUGCUCCGCAAAGCUAAUUGGAGGGAAAUGAACUGUGAGAGCAGUUGAAUAUCUUCAUGAGCUAAGUUUUCCUAUAAAGGAAAGGGUUUGAACGGGUUGGGACCUACCCCUCAUCUUCAUGAGCCAAGUUACGUGCGAUCCUAGGAUUGAAGAUUUCCGACUCACCUUUUCAGAUUUGUGAUGUGUUGAUAUUGCAAUGGAGCAUAAUUUGUUUGAUGUCUCGGUAGAUAUGUCGAACCGAGCCUCUUUCUUGCUGGAUGGUGUUUCAGCACACGCAUCCGCAAGCUCCUUCCCACAGUCAGAUUCACUCAACAAGAAUAACUCAGACCACACAGUCGGGUUCCCAAUACAUUCAAACAUUCAAGGAGAAUCGAUUAGUGAUCUACAAGCUGGAAUAACUGGUUCGCAGUUCAUUUCCGAUGCAUCGGUUCCGUUUCUUGGGAUCGAUGUCAUUCGGAAUGCUCCUGACUUCAGUGGAGCAAUGCCAAUUUCCGCCACUUCUUUUCCUGCAAUUUUGUCCCCAAGAAGGGAUCUCCAAGAAAAUAUAAAUGGAUUGCCAAUUUCAUUGCCAUCAAUCGAUCUGUUAGAAGCUGGGAAUAUACCGAAUGAUGACUCUAAUGCUUCACAUAUGCCAUUUGGAACUUGCAGCUACAAUGAACCAGCCGGCAUGUGUAAGUGGAAUGCUAACAGGUUUCAAUCAAGAACUGUCUGUCCACCUUAUUCUGCUGCCCGAAACACAAAUACUGUCGGUUGGAUAUCAUCCACGAAUCUAAAUAUACAUAUGGGUCAUGCUUAUUUUCCUUCAAAUUCCAGUAAUGAGCUCUCGUUGAGCCUUGCCUCAUCGAAGUCUUCGAUAAUUAAUUUGCCGAAUACCUCCGAUCGGUGCUCGGAGAUAAGCAAUGCCGGUGCAAGUCACCAGAUUUCAAAUGAAACAAGAGCAUACAAAUCAGAUCAAAAUUCCUGCAACAGUAAGGAGCUUUCUCUAUGUUCUGCUUCUUACGGUCCACCUCAGUUGUCACAGCUCAUAGCCGGAUCAAAGUACUUGAGUGGCAUUCAGGAAAUUCUUGCUCAGAUAGCAAGCUAUUCGCUGGAAAAUCUGAACAAGGUCAGCUAUGUAAGCGGCGGGCUCGGGGGUGGGACUAGCAAGUCACCGUUCUCGUCAAACUCUCGUGUUGAUGAAGGACAAGAACUUGUAGUGUUUGGCCAGCAACAAGAAGUUGAAGUUAGGAAAGCCCAGUUGUUGACUCUGCUACAAGUGGUCGAUGACCGUUACAACCAAUGCUUGGACGAGAUCCACACGGUGAUAUCUGCAUUUCACGCAGCGACUGAACUGGACCCAAAGAUACACACCCGCUUCGCACUUCACACAGUCUCGAUUAUGUACAAGAACCUCAGAGAGAGGAUCAGCAACUAUAUCCUCGCGAUGGGGGAAGAUAUCAGCCACUCGAGCAUGAGAGGCCAGGAAAGAUCUUUUGAGGCCUCGUUCAUCCAAAGGCAGUGGGCACUCCAGCAGCUCAAAAGGAAAGAUCAACAGUUAUGGAGACCCCAGAGGGGCCUACCAGAAAAGUCCGUCUCGGUGCUACGGGCUUGGAUGUUUCAAAACUUUCUUCACCCGUAUCCGAAGGAUACAGAGAAGCAUUUACUUGCACUCAAAAGCGGACUGACAAGAAGCCAAGUAUCCAAUUGGUUUAUCAACGCGCGCGUCCGUCUUUGGAAACCAAUGAUUGAGGAGAUGUAUUCCGAGAUGAAUAGAAGGAAGUCUCAUAACAAUGAGGAUGGAAGCAGUGGUGCUAACCAAAUCCAGAGGAGCAUCAACAUCCAAAAGUUUCAUAUGAAUUAAUAUCGAGACAUAAGGAUAAUUAGAGGGAAGCUACUCAGACACCAUCUACUUGAAAAGGCUCUGGUUUGGCAGUUGCGCCGUUCUGAAGGAGCAAUUGCAUUUGGUUAAGUGGUAAUCGAUCCUGAAAAACGCCUUUUCGAUUUAGUCAUGUAUCAAAGCAGCAAUAUAUAGAAGGUAUAAUAAGCCGGCGAUCCGCAUGAUAUGUUCGCCUGCUGGAAGAUUUCACAAUCAAGGACCUUGUCAACUUGAAAGAUGUACACCUCAGGCAUCGGGACCGAGAAGGAAAUGGCGAAGUUCGGGAGUUUCCAACCGAAAUGCACCCGCUUCCAAUGGCUUUGCAACAUCUCCUCCGGUCACACGCGGGGGAAGCGAAUCACCGUUACUCUAUCGGUACUUU